AUGGCGUCCCCGGCCGGAAAUACCGGCGGCAGCAAGCCGCAGCCGCAGACACAGACAUCUGACCAGCAGCGGCCGACCUUGACAGCGUCGCAGCUCUCGUCGCACGGCCGCGGUGGUGCGGGCAACAUGGCCGACGCCCGGCAGUCGCCCAAGCUGAAGCCGUCGGACCUCGAGACGCCCGUCCUUAAGAAGCCCGUCGUGACCACGGGCCGCGGCGGCACGGGCAACAUGGCCAAGAACGACGACCCGUACGAGACUCGCCUGCGCCAGGACGUUGAAGGCGUCCCCCGCCGGUACUCAUCCGGCGCGCAGCACGCGGGCCGCGGCGGUGCGGGCAACAUCUUCCGCGACGACGACGGCGCCGAGCUGGCGCGCAAGGGGAGUCGCGAGCAGGCCGUCGUGGACGAUGGGACCGCGCACGCUGCCGGCCGGACCAGCAGCCCCGUUACCCCCGGGACCGAGUCGCUCGCCGCCAAGGGCAAGAGCUGGCUGUUCGGGAAGAAGGCGUAG